AUGAAAAAUGUGGCAAUGCAAGUGAUUGUUUUUUGGAAGCCUAUAAACAAUAUUUCUCGCAAGAGUUUAUCACUGACGUAAACUAUGCCCCUAAAAAAGUUUGCUUUAAUUGCUAUUCAAGUGUUAUGCAAUGGAAAACUGAAAAGAAGAAGGCUAUGCCUUUUGAUAUACCAAUGAUGUGGUUAGACAACAGCCCGCAUCAACAAGAAAAUUGCUAUGGAUGUAUCAACUACCAUAAAACUUUGAAUAGAAGGAAAGCAAAGAAUAAAACUUAUGUAGCAGUGCCAAGUGUCCAAUUACCAUUACCGCACUCAGAAUUCGUUCCAGUAUCAACAUACCGAAGUAUUGAUCUUCAAACAGAUAUCAGUAAUACAGCCGUCGCUGCUAUAUCCAUGCAUUUCUUCUCAGAAUACGACCCUGGUGAAGGUACAUCCUAUGAAACAUCAAAGGACCCAAUCCUAGUCACACAAAAGCAAUUGGAUGCAAUUGUUGCAAUUUUGUAUUUGACUCAGAAAAAAUCAGAACAACUGGCUUCAUUUUUGAAAGGAAAUAAUUUGCUGGUGAAAGGUACCAAAGUAACAGCAUAUCGAAAACGCCAAAAAGAGUUAGAAAAGUUCUUCAAUGUGAAUGAUGCAAAAAAUUUCGCUUAUUGCAACGAUAACGAAAAGUUAAUGGAGACGAUAGGGUUAACCUAUAAAAAAGAUGAUUGGCGUUUAUUCAUCGAUAGUUCACUAAUCAGCUUAAAAGUUGUGCUUUUGCACAAGACGAAUAGAAUGCCUUCUGUUCCAAUUGCGUAUAGCACUGACACUAGUGAAAAUUUCGAUAAUUUGAAACACAUUCUGGAAGUAGUCAAAUAUAACGAACACCAGUGGCGCAUUUGCUGCGACCUCAAAAUAGUUUCAUUGAUUACAGGCUUAACAGCAUCUGGCCGUCAAAAAAAUCCGUGUUUUUUGUGCGAUUGGGAUUCAAGCUACAGAGAAGGUAUUAAAGGAAGAAACCAGUACAAACAGCAUAACUGGAAUAGUCGCAUUAGACGGAAAUGGCCUCAAGACAAUAGGCUACACGAAAGUCUUGUUCCUGAAAUGAAAAUUUUGUUGCCGUUGCUCCACAUUAAACUAGGCAUUGCUAAAAUUUUUUUGAAAUUUAUCGCAAAAAGACCAGCAGUAUUCAACCGCUUAAAAGACAUUUUCCCAAGACUAAGUAACGCCAAAAUUCAGGAAGGGGUUGUUAAUGGUCCCGACAUACGGAAACUAAUGAGUCGUCAAGAUUUUGACCAAGUUCUGACAGACCGAGAAUUAAAUGCAUGGCUCGCAUUGAAAGCAGUCAUUAAAGGACUUUUGGGUAAAGAACACAAAGACACCUACAGGCAAUCUGUUGCAAACAUGUUGGCAGCUUCCGAUUAAAUUGGGGUUAAUAUGUCGUACAAAAUUCAUCUCUUGCAUCAGCAUCUUGAUCAACUCGCUCAACAGUUGCCAACUGAAUCUGAUGAG